CGUCGCGUGAUGAUGUCACGGGCCCGCCCGAAGUCUGGGAGCCCGCCCUGCAGGCGCAGGCGCAGUGUAGCUGGCGGUUGGCAGGUCCCGGCGGUGGGGUCGGCUUCGUGGGGCUCUCAGACUGCCCGGCUGGCGCAGGGGCGUCCGUCUCCCGCCAGAUCCAGCCUCCUGGAGGAACCAUGUCUCCUGCAGCUCUGGGUGCCACCUGUUGUGCCAGGCGCACGCCGCUGCACAAGAAGGGGUGCCGUUUGAAUGGUCUGUGAAUGUUGGGAGGAGGAAUGCCCGAGCUGCUGGCUGGAAAUAACCCAAACGAAAGACAUAUGCAGGCGAUGCCCCAAAGCAGACCGCAGUGGUUUGAUUAGGAAACUCUUGAAGCAUCGAGAGAAAGAGCUCAGGACCAUCUGGGAUGCCCCACUGAGAAGCACCCCAGGAUGGACUUUCUGGUUCUUUUCGUGUUCUACCUGACUUUGGUGCUCAUCAGUGGUGUUAUGAUCUGCGUCUGCUCGAAAACCGGUUACUUGAAAGGCCCGGUCAGGAGAGGAACACAGAUAUUUUCCUAUAUAAUUCCAGAAUGCCUGCAGAGAGCCAUGCUAAGAUUGCAUCAUUACCUCUUCCAUACACAAAACCGCACCUUCAUUCUCCUGCACCUCACCUUGCAAGGGAUGGUUUAUGCUGAGUACACCUGGGAAAUAUUUGGCUACUGUCAACAGCUGGAGUUCUCCUUAUAUUACCUUCUUCUGCCCUAUCUGUUGCUGAUUGUAAACCUGGUUUUUUUCACCUUAAGUAGUGUAACCAACCCUGGUACCGUAACAAAAGCGAAUGAGUUACUGUUGCUUCCAGUUUAUGAAUUUGAUGAGGUGUUGUUCCCAAAGAACAUGAGGUGUUCUACUUGUGGUUUAAGGAAACCUGCGCGCUCCAAGCACUGCGCUGUGUGUAACCGGUGUGUGCACCGUUUUGACCAUCACUGUGUUUGGAUGAACAAUUGCAUCGGGGCCUGGAAUGCCAGGUACUUCCUCAUCUACCUCUUGACGUUGACGGCCUCUGCUGUCACCAUGGCCGUUGUGAGCGCUGUGUUUCUGGUCCGGUUGGUGGUGGUGUCGGGCUUGUACCAGGAGACUUACGUUGAUGACCUUGGACACUUACAAGUUAUGGACACCAUCUUUCUCAUUCAGUACCUGUACCUGACCUUUCCACGGAUUGUCUUCAUGCUGGGCUUUGUCAUGAUGCUGAGCCUCCUCCUGGGGGGCUACCUGUGCUUUGUGCUGUACCUGACCGCCACCAACCAGACCACUAAUGAGUGGUACAGAGGUCACCAGGGCUGCUGCCCCCAUGUGGCCCGGCCCCCAUCUGCACAUCCCCAGGUCUACCAGAACAUUCAUUCCCACGGGCUUUGGAGCAACCUUCGAGAGAUCUUUCUACCUGCUGCUGUGCAUUAUGGGGGAAAGAAGAAAUAAGAGUGGGAAGCGUUACUUCCUUUUAAAUAUGGCAGUUUAUUUAUACAUAUAGAUACUUUCUAAGUA